AUGGCCCAACGUGCUGUACACGGCGAGGGCUUGGGGAGUUUCUUCCUAUGCAACGCUAUGAUCAAUAUCACACAAAUGGACUUCGAGCCUGGCGUUCGCGACUUCGACGAAGCUAAUGUUGUGCGCCUCCUCGGCAUCUUCAAGCAAGAGGGCUGUCAGAGACAUGAUUCGGCUACUUAUGUGCCUGCGAUCCUCGUCAGCGGCGGUCUAAGUCGUCUGCAGCAUGAUGGCGAAGCUCUUCAAGACCUGAGAACUCAGAGUCCAGCCUUCACAGUCAAAUGCUUGCACGGAAAGCACAGAGUGCUGGCGGCCAAGAGAUUCCUCCCCAGCCACGACCAAUGGUGGCCGGUAACAUUAUAUACUCCUGACAUGCCCGACAUCCUCCAACAAGCCAUUGUAGAAGAGUAUCGCAAUGAAUUAACGUUCUCCGACGGCGAUAUCUUUCGUUCUUAUCGAAUAGCGAAGGACAAAGGAGAUCGCAAGAGUGAGGAGAAAUGGCUCGCUCGCCUAUCGGCUGUUAAAAAGAGGAACAUCCUGCAAUUGCAAAAGGUCGACAACGGCGACCUCAUCAAUGGCUUUGAUCGGUUAUUGCCCUUUCUUGGUAUGUGGCAGCACUUUCUUAUCGGAGCGCUCAGCGGGGCCCUCCCAACCCACAUGUGGCAGGUAAUUCCGACCCUUUCCAUGGCUGGUGAUGAUAAAGAGGCUGAUGUUUGGGAUGUCAGGAGAUGA